AUGCGUAGAGCGGCACGUGUGUGUGGCAUCGCGACAACUUCGUCGUUUCUGCCCCGUGUGAUUUUUUUGUGGUGCAACGCGAUGCAACACCGUUGCCACACGUCAAGUUACACUUCCGCCACCACCACCACCACCACCACCACAACGGCUUCCACUGACAGCAAUGCAGGGAGAAGUCAUGAUGCCAAGGGAUCGGUGCAGUCGCCGAUGCCGUACAAGUCAACACACAAGGGCAGCGGCAAGGCAGCAUCACCUCUACGAAAUCGGGGCUGCGACAAACACGCAGCGAAGGAUACCGCCGCCCCUUCCUCAUCCUUGCCGCACGCUGGUGUUUCUGCUGCUGGUGCUCACGCUGAGGCGAAUGGCAGCGAGGCGUCUGCGCGACAAGAGAACCUUGCGGCGUCACGUUCGUCAUGCACGGAGGACGCCGGUGUAGUCUCCAGCCGCCCGCUCUCUCCGUUGCAGCGGCGACAACUUCUCUUCCGGCAUAAAGCGGCCUUCACACUCACACCGCAGGCACUCCGUCGUGUCAAGUACCUGCUGAAGCGGUGUCACGAAGAUCCAGAACAUCAGCACCAUCCAAAAAUGCCCGAUGGGAUUCGUAUUGGUGUAAGUCGCCGUGGCUGCAGUGGGUAUAGCUACACAGUGAAAUAUCACUACCCGGAGGAUGAAAAGAUGCCACCAAAGGAGACGGACAAGCAAGGCACGAGGAGGAGCCAUGGUAACAACGGUGAUACCAGCAGCGCAACUGGGAUGCAUACAGGAGACGUGGUGGUUCUGCAGGACGGUGUGAAGGUGGUGGUUGAUAGCAAUGCACUCUUUUAUGUUAUCGGGACGGAGAUGGAUUACGUUACGAGGAGUGUGGAGGAAAAGUUUACCUUUCGCAACCCAAACCAAAAGUAUUCGUGUGGUUGUGAGGAAAGUUUUAUGCCGUUUGAUUUGGAUGAACAGGAGGCGAAGUGA